AUUGCAUUGUAAGUAUACACACAGCACCCCGGGGUUAGAGCCCUCUUUAUCAUAACAAAGCAAACAACAAAAGAAACCAUAAAGCUGCUUGUUGCCUAGAGCCCGUAUACGCGAUUCACCGCACCUGUGUAUAGUUUUAUACCAACAUCAUUUAUACCAGCCUAGUGGGCCGGUUCUGACGGAAGUUGUACCGGAAUAAUUUCCGCCGGGCGAGGAAUCCUUCGUUGAAAAUGCGAAUUCGUUGAUUAGUUUAUGAUUAUCCUGUCAAAUCGUCGAUAUAUUUGAGCAUCUGAGAUUCGAGAUUGUGAGCAUGGCAACUGGACACAUUCUACCGGGUUAUGGGAAUCCCGUAUCACGAUUCCGGUCGAAAUCGGCCGACCCAACCAUGACGGGGUACCGGUACCGCACCCCGGGAGGCACGGCGCUGGACGCCCCGGAGUACCAGGCGAUCAAAGCCGACGCGAGGGAUGCGUGGACGGAAGACCAAAUUGACUGGAAUAAAACACCUCAUAAGAAGCCCACGACCUACGCACAUAGUUUUUACAGGAAGGAGAAUGUGACGGAAGAAAAACUUGCGGAAAUGAGACCAACCUCUCCCCUUAGAAGAAAUAAACCCCAUCCUAAAAAUGUGUUCCUGACUUGCAAUCUCCAGAAGGUGCCCGGUUACCAUGACGCCCAUGCAGCGAUGGGGAAAGAACUGGGCACGGUUCAUGGCUUUCAGAAUCCUGAUACCACCAUCAGAGAAGAUGUUUACCAAGUUGAUUCCUUAUGUUCACCAGCUGAGCAGAGGGAUAGAUCUCAUCUCAGGCACAAGUACAUGGCGAGACCACGCACUGCAGGUGUGCUCGCAUAUCACACAGACUCGAGUACCAGAAGAGUCAUCAAUGAUCCUUGGUCUGCACAGGCAGCUGAAGCCUGGAUGAAGCUUGCUAAUGAAAGAGAUCGUAAGGCGGUGCGUAACAUGAUAGAGAGGGCGAGUGUAAGGGGGCUCCAGAUCAGCCAUAGAGAUCACCGGGAACCCGUCCCUCACAAGGCCUCGUCACAUCGGUUCCUGAAGGCAGCAGGAGCAGGGGAAGCGAAAUCCGUGGAUAUGCUCAUGCAGACCCUGAACAGCAAGCCGAAAUCGGUCCCGAUGAGCGGCCCUCAUUAUCACAUCACCGACUACAGCAAUCUCACGGAGCCCAACUACAUCAGGGUCAAGCCCAAACACGUGCGCACAGAUUAUGUUAUACACCCAGGCUUUCAUCCUUGAGGGCACGUGCAAACACACACUGAUUUCUAUACAAACACCCUGGAUACCUCAUUGCAUGACUCUAUGGGGGCCAUCUUGGUACUCCCAACCUACUUGUUUAUUGUAGAAUUACAUAUGUACAGUUAAACCUGUCUAUUAAGGAUACCCAUGGGAAACAGAAAAAGUGGCCACUGGAGACGGAUGGCAGUUAUAGACAGGUUAUAUAAUACAUCACAUGACUUUAUGGAGGCCAUCUUGGUACCACCAACCUACUUGUUUUUGUGUGAUACAGUCAAACCUGUCUAUUAAGAACACACUUAGGAAACAGAUAAAGUGGCCACUGGAAAUCGGUGGCAGUUAUAGACAGGCUCUGUAACACAUUCCUUUCAAAUGGGAGACAAUAUUAAUGGACACUAAAGACAGAUUCUUACUACAGACAGUUGGCCUGUAUAUACUUGUUCUGUUACAUGUAUUCAUUUUGAAUGGAAGAUAAAUUAGAUGGCCACUAAAGACAGCUAGGUUCUUAUAUCCUACAGACAGGUGACUGCUAAAUCAGGUUUGACUAGAAAUAUAUAUACUUCUACAUGUAGGUGAAAUUGCUCAUGUACAGUUUGUGAACUGAUGAUUUUUGAGGUUUUAGGUACUUGAUGCUCGCCAUUCUUUUGCAGGCAUUUUAUUUUGUCUUUCGCACAAAUGCGUGAAAAACGUGCAUUCAUCGUACAAAAAUUUAUGGCGUCUUGCUUAUAGUCUGUGCUGCGCCUAAAGAUGCUAUGUGUUUUUUGUAAAUGUAAGUGUAAGGAUUAGAGUGAUUGAAUGUGGGCGCACGGUUUAGUGGUUCUGACUCUUUGUCUUUUAAAACAAGGGUCAUGGGUUCGAAUCCCAGCCAUGGCGUGUUUCCUUCACAGCAAAAAUUUACCCACCUAUUGUGCGGCACCGUCACGUCACCCUGGUGAGGUGAAUGGGUACCUGGCAGGAUUAAUUCCAUGAAUGCACAGCUCAAGCUAAACCAGGGGUAUUCAAAAUAAGGCGCCUUGGAAUAGAUUCUUAUUUCUAGAUAGAUGGCACUCUUUAAAUGCCUAUGUAUUGAUAAUGAUAGCAGGGCCCACUGGGAGAACGGUUUUCGGAACUGAAGUGGCUACCCUGGGUAAAUAUGCCGUUAUUAUUAUUGAUGUUUGGAUGUUAAAACCCUAUAGCACAAAACAUAUAUAUUCUGAUGGAAGCUCAGAAAAAGCUGUAUUUUUUUAAUUAUGGCAUUGGUGCAACCUCAGGUUGUCUAAAGUCUAACCACACACCUUACGACUAGUCUACUACCCGUUAGAGGAACAAAAUUAUGACAUUUCUAAGCAUAUCAACAUACAAAAUCUUUUUAGAGGUGCAGGAUAACAAUCAGAACCCUUUUAUCAACAUUUUAGAUAAUUGCAAUUAACUCUUUAGUUCAAUUUGCUAACGAUCGUAGGUAAUUGUACGAUUGCUGAGACAUCAUUGCAAUUCUCAAUUGAAUUUGCUCCAAUAAUUAUGAAGAGGAGUGAAAUAGCAAAUAGUAUUCAUUUACAUAUUCAUUUGAUGAUUCAGAACUUUUGUAUGUAGUUUGUUCCUGAUUUAAUCUUCUCAUGAUUGAAAAGUUGGGUCGAAGGCCAAUCGUAAGGUAUGUGGUGGCCUUCAAAAUGGUCUCUCAAUUCAUGUAGAUACCCCCUCCUAGGCAAAAAGGCUUACUUCUAAUGUCAGGACUUUGACAAACUUUUUGGUUGCACUCGAAGUGUCUUCUUGUUGAUAAACUUGAACAUCACUAGUUGCAGAUGCAGCAGAUUAUCUGAAGUAGUUUUAUGCAAUAUUGCAAUCUCAUUUCUUGAAGCUUAUUAAGUGAUGCAUAUUGUGCAAAGGAUAUUAUUUUGUAUGAAAGUAUAAUAUUUGGAUGUUUAUAUAUACAUAUAUAUAUAUUUGCAGAUAGUUUGUAAAUAAUAUGGAUUGGCUUUGAGAGAGAUGACAAAUUAAGACUUCAGCUCAAAUUUUUUAAGAAAAAUACCAUUGUCGAACAAGUUAUUUGUAUAAGUCAAGGCAAUUUCUUUAGACAAUAUUAUGCAAAAUGUGAAUUUCAAACACAAAUGGCACGCUGAGAAUUUUGUGUUGGUGUUAAUAUGUGUAUGAUCUAUUGAAAAGAUAAGUACAGUGUUGUAUAGACUGUCAUGUGAGCAGAUAAUCAUAUUAUGUCUGACAUGAAAUUUCAUCAUUGGCUCACUUGGGUAGUGAGAUACAUGUAUAGCCAUUGUUUAUUUGUCUGUAUCAACAUCAAUUCAAGGUUAAGUUUUUGUUAUGUCAUCUUAAUUAAGUAUUGAUAAUCAUGUCAGGGCAGUGUGUUACGAUAAUGAAGACACAUGAACAAAUAAUUAGCUAUUACGAACAAAGUUUUAUUAAUAAGAAAUCAGAAAUGGCUUGCAUAAAUUUUGGCUCGGAGAUAUACUAGGUAUUCCAAAAGAUUAGUCCAAAUGGGCUAGUAAAAACUCUUUGGGUAGUAGUCCACAAUGCUGACGAUAUUAAAAAUUAUGUUGAGAUGUGAAGACUUAUCAAAGGCGCUGAACUGUGCUAAAAUGUUCGUAAAGACAAAGUUGGGUUUCAGCGAUCACUGGGUUAAAAUUGUUCUCUUCAACAGGUGAUCUUAAUGAGAACUGAUAAUGACUGUUUUUGUAUACUACAAUUACUACAAUUAAUCACAUGUUUCUACCUACAUGUAUUCUUUUUAAUUCGCCCCUGAAUUCACCUCAUUCAAACCAAUCCAAGUUGUCAAAUGCACACACAUUAGUCCAUCUUUGAAACUUUGCACAUAACUUUAUGAACUGGUUUCAAAUUAAGUUGAAAUUUGGUAUGUACAUUGUUUAUGCCUAAAGAUAUACAGAACUUUCAAGAGAGCAGAGCUAUCAACUAUUUUAGGUGUGUGUUGUGUUAUACCACAAAAAACUUGCAAAGGAAACAAAACAUAUUAUGGUUCAUCAUACAACUGGAUUUGAGUAUAUAUGAAGUAUAUCUUUCUUGUCAACUGAAGUGGAAUAAAGUAGAAUAAUUAUGUCGGUCAUCUGAACAAAUUUAAAUUAAAAAAAUGUAUGUUUAUAAAUCAUGGCAA